AUGGGUCUUUUAAAAGUUGGACCCCAACAACACUGGAGUUCCACUGUAUUAAUUCAUUGCAUCCGCACGGUAUAUAGUGAUGCGAAUCGGCAGCCGCCAUCCGCUGUUGGUGCUGCUGCUGCUAGGCGAGCUGCGAAUCGGCAGGCGCCAUCCGCUGUUGUUGCUGCUACUAGACGAACUGCGAAGCGGCAGCCGCCAUUUCCACCGCCGCCAUCCGCUGUUGGUGCUGCUGCUGCUAGGCGAGCUGCGAAUCGGCAGCCGCCAUCCGCUGUUGGUGCUGCUGCUGCUAGGCGAGCUGCGAAUCGGCAGCCGCCAUCCGCUGUUGUUGCUGCUGCUAGGCGAACUGCGAAGCGGCAGCCGCCAUUUCCACCGCCACCAUCCGCUGUUGGUGCUGCUGCUGCUAGGCGAGCUGCGAAUCGGCAGCCGCCAUCCGCUGUUAGUGCUGCUGCUGCUAGACGAACUGCGAAUCGGCAGCCGCCAUCCACUGUUGUUGCAGCUGCUGCUAGGCGAACUGCGAAGCGGCAGCCGCCAUUUCCACCGCUGCUGUUGCUGCUGCUACUAGCGAACUGCGAAGCGGCAGUCGCCAUUUCCACCGCUGCUGUUGCUGCUGCUACUAGUAGGCGAACUGCGAAUCGGCAGUCGCCAUCUGCUACUGUUGCUGCUGCUGAUAGUUAA